AUGAAGGUGUUCUUGUUAACACCACCGUUAGAAAACUUAGGGUAUGAUCAGGGGUCGUUCAUUUGCAACGCGGAUGAGAUGAACUUUGAUGGGUAUGUAACCGCCAUGGCUGGAGAGGAGGAGCUUCGUCCCAGUCAGCUCUACUUUCAACUGCCGUCCAGCUGGUUAAAAAGGCGGUUAACAGCGGAGGACAUGGCUUCUAUGGCGGUUAAAGCUGGUAAGGCACUUAUGAUUGGUGGUGGCAAGGUGAGAUGUUGGUGUUGUGUGAAAAGGGUUGACCCGUUAGUUUUCUCAGAUGGGGACGAGAUGAUAACAUCUUCCUUGAGUAGGGUUGAAGAUGGUGGUGAUGAUUAUGAAGGAAACCACAGGUAUGUAUGCGGUAGAGUCGGAGACCGCCGUGGGGGUGGUAGUAAGGGGCGGAUGUCUACCAGGCUUGAGAAGAUAGUAGAGGAGUGA